AUGCACGAUCCCGAGCUCGGCGAUGGCGAUAACGAUGGAGCGCCACCAAUCAGAGACCCGAAUGCACGACCCGAAUGCUUCAAAUCCACGAUCCAAGAAUGUUUAUUCGUCAUUUCAGUCACCAUGGCUGUGGCCAUGACGGCCUUUCUCAUAGGCUCAACUACAGUGAUGUCGUCGUUUGCAGGAAGGGAUUUGCACAUGACGACUGCGGAGAUUACUUGGAUGAAUGCUGCCCCUUCCCUAUCAUCAGGAGCCCUCCUCCUCUUCUUCGGCUCCAUCGCCGACCUCUUUGGCAGAAAAUCCAUGUUCAUAGGCUCGAUGCUACUCUUCUCCAUCUUCUGUCUUGGCGCCGGAUUUUCUCGCUCCGGCCUCACCCUCGACAUCCUCAACGGCGUCCUAGGUAUCUGGUCUGCCUCUGCCGUACCUCCCGCACAAGGGAUGCUAGGCGUCAUCUAUGAAAAACCAUCACCGCGCAAGAAUAAAGCCUUUGGGUGCUUCAGCGCAGGCAACCCGCUGGGGUUUGUCUUUGGGAGUAUUUUUUCGGGGUUAGCGACCCAGCUAUUUAGUUGGAGGGCCAGCUUUUGGCUGCUAGCUAUUGUGUAUUUGGUGGUUACAAUAGUGGCGAUUUUUACGGUGCCGAAUGAUAAGACGGUGAAAGUUGAGUGGAGUCAGGAGACGGUUAAGAGGUUAGAUUUGCCGGGCACUGCGAUGACGAUUCUGGGGAUCGGGUUGUUUUGUGCGGCCUUAAGUCUUGGGGGAGAUGCGCCACAGGGUUGGAAAACGCCUUAUGUCCUGGUUUUCUUAAUUCUCGGUAUUGCGCUCAUUGUCUUGUUCGUGAUUUGGGAAAUCAAGUACCCAUACGCCAUGAUCGAUAUGAAGAUUUGGAAAGAUCGGGAUUUCUCGCUCUUGCUUGCCAUCCAGUCCUUUGGUUUCAUUGGUUUCCCAGUCCUCUCGUUUUGGCUAGCACUGUACUUCCAGACGGUUCUGGGAUACUCGGCUUUAAUGACCGGCGUGCAUAUGCUGCCGAUGGUCACCAUGGGCUUGCUAGCAAAUCUUGUUGCAGCUCUCAUUCUGCACAAAGUCUCGAACAAACUUCUCAUGGGGAUUGGCGCGCUUGCGUAUGUUAUCUCCUUCGUUCUUGCUGCCGUCCAAAGAAAUGGGGAUUCCUAUUGGGCGUUCUCAUUCCCAGCACUAUGCCUUUGUGUGGUUGGCGCAGACCUUCAAUUCAACGUCGCAAACAUGUACGUCCUCUCCUCAAUGCCUCCCUCGAAACAAUCCAUCGCAGGCUCUCUCUUCCAAACCCUCACGCGUCUCUGCUCGGCCGUUGGAUACGGCAUUGCAACUGCUAUCUUUAAUGGUGUGCAAAGCUCUCCCGCAAGGUCAGGCUACUACGCCAACAACGCCGUCGAGCCGUAUGCGGCUACUUUCUGGUUUUCGGCUGGCGCGGCGGCGCUAGGGGUACUAUUUGUGCCGUGGUUGAAAAUUGGGACGCAGGGGCAUCAGGGGGAUAAGGGAAGGUUGACCGAGAAGGAGGAUGAGAGAGAGAAGGUUGAUGACAUUGUUGAUGUUUCCGGUGUUGGGGAGAAAAGCGGCGAGAAGGACGAUUCUGGACCUAAGGGAGAUGCCGCGGGUACGCUAAAGGAUAAAGAUAUCGAGGCGAGCGUUUGA